AUGAAACUUUCACUCCUUUAGCUCGAAAGAUCUUAUAUAGAAGCACUUUAAGAGUUGGGAGAGUAUUCUAUUUAAACUUAAGAGACGCGUAUAAACCUUAUUGAAAUGCUCAAUCAAACAGGCAAAAAUCUUAUAUCUCAAAAGCUUAAUGGGGAAAAAUUUUUGUAAAGAGCUGUAGAAUUAGCUAAAUUGUUAAAUAUGGAAGAAUAACUAAUUGUUAAAUAUUAAACAUUUAUGCUAUAUGCAGAGUACCUUGAAUUCACUAAGAAUUAUAAUCAGGCAUACAGUUUGUUAACGCAGUUAAUUCCUUUAACGAAAACGAAUCAAAAGAAUAUAAUCAUGGUUUAAAUUCAAAUUCUCAAUCACGUCAUAGAAAAUGGAAGGUUAUGCAAAAGAAAUAAUGUUAUUUAAUUGAAUGAAUAAAUGUUACAUUUAAUGGACGAAAUUGGUUUAGGUUUUUAUUUAUACAAACAAUUCCCCAGAAAGUUUCAAUAAAUUUUGUUAUAAGCAUUAUCCUUCUAAGCAAAAAUAUACUUAAAAUAAAAUAAAGAUAGAGAGGCUACUUAAUUAUUCUUUUAGUCUUUUCAUUUAUCAGAAGAACUUUUGGGAAUUAAUGAUAAGAGAACAUAAGAGUAUAAAAAAUAGUAUGAAAAUUUGAGUGAUAAAAUUUUUGUAAAUUUAGAGAUUUAAAGUUAAGAUGAUGAUGAAGAAGAUAAUAUUUAAUCAAUUUAGGUUACCUAGAGAGAAGAGAAGAAAAUUUCAUCUUUUCGAUUUAAAAAUGCUUAUAUAAAUAAUUAUAUAACAAAUGUAGAUUCAGCAAGAGCACCUAAAUUAGCUAAAAAAGUUGAUAAGAUUAAAAUUGUCAAACCUAUCUUGAAUUAGAGAAUUCCUCCAAAAUUUAAUGAAUAGGAAUUUUAAUAAGUGUUUAUCUUAAAAAAUUAAAUACAAAGACCUUUAAGUUCAUAAAGAACAACAAAAAUGACUAGUCCCACAAGAUGUUAAUCAAUAGUAUCUAAGAAAAAUUCAGAGAAAGUAAAAAACAGAGUUUUAUCUUUAUAAUAAUGUUUAGUGAAAUAAUUAGAAUCUGAUUAACUUUCUAAUAGAAUUAAUGAUCUUAUAAUCAAUAGGCCAAAUUAUGAAUAAGAAAAGAAAUAUGAAAUAGUAAAUACUACUAGAUAAAGAAAAACAAAAUAAUUAGCUUCAAAUUAUUUAAUUUAAUUAAUUCCUCCAUCUCAUUCAUCAAGGCCAUAAAUAAGAGAACCAUCAAAAAAUAAUAUUCUUUAUAAAGUAGAUAGUAAAAAUUUUUUAAAUAAUCCAAGCUAUUAAAAAAUUGAAAGAAGCUCUCAAAUAAAAAUAACAACAAAUGAAAUAUAACAUACGAUGAGUAAUAUUAAAUUAGUAGGAAGUGGUAUUAACAUAACUAGUGAAAAUGAUGAUGAUAAUAUUAAAUAAUAAUAGGAAGAUAUUAGAAAUUAUUCAUUUGAAGAAGAACCUAUAAAAGUGAUAACAUAUUAAGAUCCAAUCAUAUCAAAAUUUUUAGAAAAGCAUUCAAUGGAUGUUUUGAUCAAAGCUAUAGAUAAACUAAAGGCUAAAAUGAAAUAUCAUGUUUAUUAUUCAAGAAAAAAAAGAAAUGAAAUAGAAUCUUAACAAAAUGAAAUCACACCAGGUAGAUUGCAUCCACAUAGUAAAAAUAUGAGUAGAUCAAGUACAUAUGGAUUUGAGAUGAUGGAGAUUGUUGAAAAAAAAAUAUUAGAAAAUGAAGCUAGUAAAAUUAUACAUAAGUUAAUAUCUCCUGGAAAUUAAUUAAAUUGGUAUCCAAUUCAUUUUUAUACUAAACUCUUUACAAAUUAUGAAACUUCAAAAUGGAUAUUAUAGAAUCCAAAAUUUAGAGGAUAAAUUUUUUAAAGAACAUAAGAUAAAAUUUAGUACUAAUAAUUAAGUGUUGAAUUAAUUUAGGAUAUGUUAUCAAAUUAAAAAAAGUCUACAACUCUUUAGGUUAUUGCAUCUAUAGAAUUGUUAAAUUAUAUGCGAAAAUUCUAAGUGAGGUUCAUUAUUGAUUCUCUUGCUUAACAUUAUAAAGAAAUUUCCAAUUAUCAUGAUAUGAUGGAUCUCUUCAAUUAAUUAACUAAUAUUUACUUUAUUUAAGAAAAUUUGUAAAAUGAAUGGAAAGAGGAAAAUAGAUAAUAUACUUUAUAUAUCCCAAUAAAUAACUAAGAAAAAUCUAAUUCUAAAAAUAAUAAUAUAUAUGAAAUUAACAAAGCCAAUCGUUAUGAAGAAAAUCAAAGAAUUGAAUAUUAUUAAGAUUUAUUAUCCAAAAUAUUAUUUCUAGUCAGGAGAAAAAAUUAUGUUAAAACAAUAAAUGGAUUUAAGUUUAAAUCUGAAACUUAAAAUCUUUAAGAUUCUAUUUAAAAUUAUAAUAAUGAGAUUUAUAAAUAAAAAAUUGAGCGAAUUAAAUCUUAUUUUUAAUAUAAAGAUCUAUCAAUAAUAAAUAAAACUAAACAGAUAAAAUAAUCAAAUAUGCAAUCAAAAAGUUAAGGCAAAAGAAUGAAAGAUAUAAAACUCUGGAUUUCAGAAGAUAGUUAAUAAAUUAUAUUUAAUGAAAGUAAUACUCUCUAACAUGAAGAGAAAAGGCACACUUCUCGAUUAAAAAGUCAAAAAUAAAUUGACUCCAAUAAAAGCAGUGAAAAAAUAUUAAGAUAAAAUUCAAGUGAAAUUUUGAAUUCUAAAUUUAGAUAGUAAUAAUCAAUAAAAUCAAAUGAAAGAAUAUCUUAAUAAUUGGAUAUUAAAGUGGAAUUAACUGAAAUUUUCUCAUUAGAAACUCAAGACUAUCUAUAAAGAUAUUUUCCUGAAUUUAAAUUAAAUGUUCCACCAAGUAAUUAUUAUCCAACUCCUAGUCAUAUGUAAAAAAAACAAUUAAUUGAAUCUCAUUAUUUCUUUAGAGAAGAAUAUCUUAAUUCGAAAUAAAUAAAAUUAAGUUAUAAACCAAUAAAUUCUGAAGAUUAUUUGAUUUAGACUCAAAUUGUAAAAAUUGACAAUCAAUUUUACUUUUUAACUCUUACAAAUAAAUUGAAAUUAUAGUAAAUAUUUUGUAAAUAUAAAUGGGAGGAUGAAUUAGAUCUUUAAUUGAAGGAUUUAAUCAAUUAUUCAAUUGGUAGAACUGGAUAUAUAAUUGAUAUAAUAAAAUUAUAAGAGGUGUUAUAAUAAAAAUUGGAAAUAGUUAAUUGUAAGAUAUAAUUAAAAUAAGAUGAAGCAGAUGGCACUUAGAACAAAAAAAAGUUAAAAUUAUUUAGAUCUAAUUAAAAGCUUUAUUUUGUUUAAGAAUCAAUUCAAUAUAUCGAAGAAAGUUUGAAAGAUAUGUCUUAAGAAAGUUAAAGUCAAACAGAAGAAAACCAAGAAUUUAUUAAGGAAUAAAAAAGAGAUCCCUUAAUUGAUAUUAUAUUCAUACUUGGAGUAAUUAUUAGUAAUACAUAUGUACUUUAUGAUGUUCAUUUGAUGAAAUGCUAACUUCUUAAGCAUGUAGAUGGGAAAUUGAUGUUGAAAGAACCAGAUUAACCUAGAAAACCUAAAUUUUCUAUUAGACUAAUUUUAUCUCAUGAAGAUAUGAAUAAACAUAUUGCAAGAACUAAUGAAAGUACUAUAAAUGGUAAAGAUAUUACAUUAUUUCCUCAUUUUAAUUCUCUUUUUUUAGUUAAAUAAAGAUAAUUUAAUUAAAAAUUUAUAAAUGUUAAAUUACAAUUAAUAUCUGAUAUUAAUAAGUUACAUUAAAAUAUUCGAAAAAAUUGUGCUAGAGCAUAAUUAUUCAUCUAUAAAAAUAAUGAUAGAAAAAAUAUCAUAUUUUUGAAUUCUGAAUAAACAGAAAAAUGGCUUCAUAUUUUUUAGAUUGAUGGAAGAAUCCGAGAAUAUCUCUUUAGUUUUAAAGCAAUGAUGAAAAAAACUUUGAAUGGAAGGAAAUUACAUUAAAAUGAAAACAGAUAAUCAUAAUCUAAGGAUAAAAUAUUUUUACUUAUUUAAGAUAAAUUAAUCAAAUCUAAAUAAUAUUAUAUAUAGAGUAAAAUUUAAGAUAUAGGACAUGUUUUCGUUAUUGGAACAGUUUUUUAGGAAAUGCUAUUAAUUAAAGUAAUGCCAAUAGGAAAUAAAAGUAAAGUUCAUAUCUUUCUUUAUCAAGUUUUUGAUGAAGAUAUUAUUAAAACAAUGAAUUAAUUAUGUAAAUAAUUCAUAUUAAAACCAACUUUAACUUAUUCAAGAUUAUAAUUAAUUCCCAUUACUUAAAAUAAAAUUCGUAAAGCUUAUCUUUUAGGCAAUUAGUUUUGCAAUAAUAAUAUUCUAAUUGGAUAAAAAUCUUUCUCAAGAGUGAUUUAUAAAUAGAUUAAAAAAAUUGAUAAGAACUUUUUUAUUGUAACAGUAACAUAGAUAAUGAAUUAUUUUUAAAUAUAUUUUUACAAUUAAGUUAAUUGUAGAAGAUUUUAUUUUACAAUCCAUAGAUCAGAUUUUUUAAUUAUGAAUAAAUACUUUUUGGAUUCAAUUCUUCCAGAGUAAUCAAAUGAAGUAAUGGAAUAAUUUUUUAGGAAUUGGAAAUUUAAUGAAAUUUCAAAGAUUCAUUCUUUAAUAAUAAAAGCUCCAGAAACUUUUAAAAAAAGAACUUAAAUAUAUAUAUAAUAAAUAAAAGAUACUAAAAGAGAUUUUAAAAGAUCUGCAACUUCAAGUUUUUAAAGUGUUAAUAAUUUAAUGAGAUAAUCUACUUUGUAAUUAAAUAACAUAUAAGAAAAUUCAUUUGAAGAAAGUCUUAAUAAAGAGUGUUGGCUUUUUGAUUAAAUAUUGUUAAGAAAGCAAAAAAGCAUUUUUGAAAAGAAGAUAUGGUUGGAAAUUUUAAAUUAGAUGAGUAUAAAUAAAAAUUAAAUAUGUUUAAAUACUUUUAAGACUUCAUUGAUAGAAUUAGUAUAUUCAAAUGAUAGAACUUGUAAUUUCUUAUGUUUUAUUCCAUGUCAAGAAAUAUAACAAUCAUUUAGAUGGUAGCCAAUUAGAUUAAGAAUUUAUGAAUAUGAAACAUGCAAGAGUGUAGAUAUUCCGUUAAAUGUAAGAGGUAAGUAAGUUUAAAUAUAAAAGCAAUGUAAUUAAAUAUUAGAGAAUUAUUAAAAAUAAAAAAGAUUGCCAUGUAAUUAAGAAAUAAUGAAAGUGAAUAAAAACAAUGAUAUUGAAUCAAUAAAAUAUUAAUUACUAUAUAAAGGGGUAUUUAUGAAACAUAAAAGGAUGUUUACAGCAAUUUAUUUCAACAAUGAUGUGUUUCACAUUUGUAUUUAUGGUAGUGUAACUAAAAUAAUUCGAAAGAUGAACAUAAUUUAAGUAGAAUUGAAGAUCCCUUACAUAAGAUAAUUGAUAGCAUUGAAUCCUUAUGAAGCAGGUCGAAGAAUGAGUAUAAUCUAUAGAAACAACUUCAUCCAUGCUUCAUUCUUGAAUUUGUGA